UGGAUGCUGCUCCCAUCAUGAAGGCGAAGCCUACUCUGGGCUCCCAUGUGGUGCUGCGUGAUUUGGAAGGAGCUCAGAAGGUUUUCCUGCUGAGUUCUGGCGCAAAUCGGCAAGAACUGCGCAUGGGCAAGUAUUCAGCAAUUCCCUUGGAGACGCUGUUGAGUUGUCCCUACGGCGCUAUCCUGAGGCGAGAAGCUGAUGGUGGAUGGCAACGGGUGCGACACAGUAUUGAAGUGGCCGAAGAGACGGUGGAGGUGCAAGAGAACAAUCAGCACCUGGCGCAGGAUAAUAGUGCCCAGUCGUUGUCACCUUCGGAAGUCAGAGAUUUGAAACAAAAGUGUUCGGGGUCUGAAGUCGUAGAAGCUUUGGCGUCAAACAGUGCCACCUUUGCAUCCAAGACCAAGUUUGCGCAGGAGAAGUAUUUGAAGAAGAAAGCGCAGAAACAUGUGCAACAGGUGACGCUGCUGCGGCCGAGCGUCAUGGAGCUAUGCGAAACGUACUACAAGCAGUCCAGGAACAAGGUCUGUGGCCUCCGCUACGACUAUUUGUCCUCUCUGCUGUGCCAAGCAGACGUCCGAAGCGGUGCACGCUUUCUGGUCUUGGACUGCGCUGCUGGAUUGGUGGCCGGCGCCAUGGCACAGCAAUUGGCGGGACUUGGAGAGAUCUAUCGUCUCUUCCGCGGUAGCUAUCCUGAGAAGGGACUCUUGGAGUUGGACCUGUCGGAGAGUGAGAAGUCCUGCGUCAGAGCCAUCCAUUUGGAGGCCUUAGAGAGCAGCGACCCUUGGUCUUCAGAGUGGUUACGACUUCCUGAAGCACCAGGUGACGCUGAAGGAGAAGCUAUUGCGCCUGGUCGUGCAGAGGCGCGGCUAACGCGCAUCACCAAACGCCACAAUGACUUCAAGUCGCUGGAGGCAAAAGCUGUCGAUGGUUUGAUCGUUGUGGCAGAGGAUGCAGACCUCUGUGCCGAGGUCUUAGAGCUGGGAUUGCCGCGUCUCAGCUUCGGGGGACGCGUGUGUGUGUUCGGGCACCACCUGCAGCCACUUGCGGCGUUGCAGGGCGCCUGGAGAGCGGGAAAUUUCGUGGAUGUGCGUCUCACGCAACUAUUCACCCGCGAGUUUCAGGCCCUCCCACUGCGGACUCACCCCUUUAUGGUCGCAGAUGCAAACCUCUGUGAGGGUUUCAUCCUGUGCGGCAGCAAGGUGGGUGAAGCAGAACCGCAAGAAGCCGCGGGCGAGGACUCGCCCACCAAAAAGCAGCGCAGAAGCUGAGUUCAGGGCCGACAAAAAAGGUCCAUUUCUCCAGCGUUGGCGUUCGCUUUUUCUAACGUCUCCAAAA